CAGCUGAGUGGGCUGAGGAGGCUCAGGCGAGCAGUGCAGUCCGGAGCACCGUCAACAAUCAAACACGCGUUUUAAAGGGACAUUUAGCCGCCUGACGUCUUUCCCCACACAACCUCUCGGACUUCAUUAAGGGGAACCAAAAUCUUAAACACUACGGAUAUUUUUGUUUCCUUCUUUUAAAAAAACAACAGAGAAAAACCAUCCGGAUGUGCCAGCAGUAGUAUUGUUUUUUCUUUCUUUCUUCCCAUUUUUUCGCAUGGCGUUGACGUAGUAGGCACUGCACACACAGCAGGGUUGGGUAUUUGAGAUCGGAACGAGGCCCUCGGGUCAAUAGUAUCUAAAUUCAUUUCAACUCCACUUUCGAAAUUACAUUUUUUUAAAGGAGUGUGCGUGUUUCUGUGAUAAUCAGAGAAAUGAUUGUGCAAUAAAAAAAGAGGAAGAGGCAGCUCGUCUCGUCUACCUCGGUGUGGCUGGAAAGAAAAAAAGUAUUCGGGGAUAAAACCGAGUUUCCACCCGGCGUGGACGCACAUUUUUGGACUCUUGGGAGCCUUUGUGAGGUAAAGAGACCGCAUAGAGACCGCGUUGUCUUCGAGAGAGUGCGUGUAUGUGCCUGUGAACCCCACCGGAGGACCAGCAGAAACCUUCACGAUGACUGCCAGCACCUCAGCGGACACGAUAAACCUGCGGCUUAUUUUAGUCAGUGGAAAGACAAAAGAGUUUGUCUUCUCUCCCAACGACUCGGCAGCGGACAUCGCCAAGCAUGUUUAUGACAACUGGCCAAUGGACUGGGAGAUGGAGCAGGUCAGCAGUCCCAACAUCCUGAGGCUGAUCUACCAGGGACGUUUUCUACACGGCAAUGUAACACUAGGAGCUCUCAAGCUGCCCCUCGGGAAGACCACAGUGAUGCAUUUAGUUGCCAGAGAGACUUUGCCUGAGCCAAAUUCCCAAGGUCAAAGGAAUAGGGAGAAGACGGGGGAGAGUAACUGCUGUGUCAUCCUGUAAUCUGCACACCUGCACUGCCAGCCGGCCCCCUGGCCCUCUCAUUUGUUCACGCCGUUAAUGUCCAGGAGCCGAUCAGCCUGUCCCUUCUCCUAGAGCCUGUAGACGAUGCCGAUACGUGUACGGAUGAACCCUCCACCACCCAACUGCACUCAGCCGAUUUAAGAGCCUGGGAGCAGGAAAUUGAUUAACAAUAGGGCAGAUUCUUUAGUUGUUCUUAAUUUGUUAUUGUAACUCAUAAUUAGAGGAAGGAACUGGACUCGUGUGUGUUUUGUUUUUGUUCUAUCUUCAGCCUUCUGCCAAUUGCGAGCUCUCUCACACACACACACACACACACCUAGACACACACACACACACACGUCCAGCCAUUCUCAGCUGGUCUGUUAAGACCCGCUCAUCAUUCUAGCUGGUUGCCAUGUUUUUCUUCGCAGGGCUCAAGUUUAUGACUGUGGCCUUGGCAUCUUAAACAGACCGCUGACAAUUUUAGCCACUAACACAUACACCACAGCAGACAAGUUUAGGUAAACUCGCUCAGUUAUGCAGCAAUUUGCAGAUGCGCCCGAUCAGAGCACCCGGCCAAAUCCCACAAACUCCUCCCCUUUUGUCCAACAAGACGCCGAAGAGACAAAUGACCAGUGUUGGAGGUCGGUUUUUCUUUUUUUUGGGGAUAUUUUUUUGUGACUGUGUUUUUACAGUCCAUGCAGUGUUGUGAUUAAAUGAAGCAUGAACACAUUACACAACCUUCAAGUCUUCUUGUGCUCCACUUUCAAGCAGUGUUGUGAAGGACUUCUCUCUUUCAGUGGAAAUCAACUUUUCUUUUUUCUUUUUUUGUCUUAAAAUUCUUUGUCUGAACCUGAAUUCUGCAUUAAAGAAUCCAUUUUGCACAAAUGAAGCGAAGGCUCUUUCAGAUUGAUACAAAUGUAAAAAGAGUUUGUUUUAUUUUAUGUUUCCCAUGGAAGUAAUGUUCCAAACUAAGGUAACAUGUGUAGAAUAUAUUUAAUAUGAAUCUUAUCUAGAACAUGAUGACUUUAGAUCUUGGUGAUAUACAUUAUAUUGGUGUUUAGUCUCUGAUUGUGUAUAUGGUUGGCUUCUAGCCAGUUCACAGUCACUUGCUGGCAAUGUCUUGUGCUUAACAGCAGCAGAUCAUCCCUAACUAUUAUCCGAAUCAUGAAUUUGUAUUUUUAUUUCUUCUAAGCAGUUUGCUAUUAAUUUUUUCAUUUGUUUAUAAUUUAAUAUAACCUUUUUUUUUUGCUUUAAAUAAUUGCUUUGUAACAGCACUAGGUCUUAAAAAAUACUGUAAUGAUCAGGGUUUCAAUCUGUACAGAGAUAAACAUUUUCAAAAUGAGUGUAAAUAGCACUAAAGCCCUCCACCCCCACUUCCCACUCUGGACUUCAGAAUUGAAACACAUCUGUAAACUAAAUAAAAGUUAUUGAAGUGCG